CUUGAAAAUAUCGCUGCAUGGCCCACAUAACGAACGCGAUUUCAUGAAACAGUACUUAUACUUAUCAGAUCAGCCACUGAGUGGUUGACCUGGCUGGGGACCUGGGCUACUCGAUGGCAGUACUUACCCCGCACCAACACUGGCCUUGGGGAAACUGAUCAUGAAGUUAUCAUUAAGACCUCAUAAAAGCCCCCGAACAAUUCACCUCCUCUGCGCACUUAUGCUGUCGGAAAUACGAGAAGUUUGUGAGAGAAUUCUCAAAGUCUCCAAGGAUAUCAAGAUCCUUGGACGACUAGACAACAAGAGGUCGAAGCUCGUAUCUUCCGCAGUUCGUGUGAUGACCACGCCACAAUCUCAACGCCCAUUCAAAGUGUAUCAAGAAUUUCUAUACGAUGUACUACGUGCAGCUGGGAGUUCUAUGGUUAUGUUAUCUUCCGCUAGUCUUGGGAAAGACAGGGUCGUUCAGCUUAAUGCCGAGCGCAGAACAAUUCUCAUUGAUUAUAUUGCCUCCCAGGCUGGCUCGUUGGACUCUCCAGCGCUUUCCUCUCUGGCAAUAACUUUCUGCGUCCCUCAAGUUGAAGCUGGCUCCAGGAAUUCUCUCGUACCUACCCUAGAAUCGGGCUUGGAAGGACAAGCCGGUGCAUCCCCACGCACACAGUAGGAGACUCAGGCAGGGGAAAUUGAGCAGACAGUCUCCAUCAAGGUCGACCAAGGCCCGCUAGUUCUCCCACUGAC